AUGCCAAAAUUCGAGAAAUACGUCGGGCAUGGAGACCCGAUCGCUCAUUUGAAAAGAUAUUGUAAUCAGCUGAGAGGGCCGGGUGGAAAAGAAGAACUUUUGAUGGCCUAUUUUGGGGAGAGCUUGAUGGGAAUUGCGUCGGAAUGGUACAUGGACCAAGACAUCUCCCAUUGGCAUAUAUGGGAUGACCUGGCCCGAGAUUUUGUCAAGCAAUUUCAGUACAAUGUUGAUAUAGCCCCAAAUAGGAAUUCCCUGACCAAUUUCAAGAAGCAAACCGUGGAAAGUUUUCGUGAAUACGCUAUCAAGUGGCGUGAGCAAGCAGCUCGAGUGAAACCACCAAUGGAUGAGACAGAAAUGGUACAUGUUUUCUUGCAGGCCCAAGAGGCCGAUUACUUUCAUAACACGAUGUCUGCCAUGGGAAAACCUUUUACAGAAGCCAUAAAGAUCGGAGAAAUGGUAGAAAAUGGCCUGAAAACUGGCCGAAUCAUAAGUCAAUCUGCUUUGAGAGCCACUUCCCAAUCCAUCCAGAAUGGCUCAAGAGGCUUAGCAAAUCGAAAGAAGAGGGAAGAAGGAGUCGUGAUGGCUUCAAGUUUGAGAGGCCCCCGUCUAUCCCGUGAUAAUGUUUACCUGCCUCCCAGAACCCCACAACACUAA